GGAGGAGGAGGGGGAGGAGGGGAGGAGGAGGGGGAGGGGGGAGGAGGAGGAGAGAGGAGGGGAGGAGGGGAGGGAGGAGGGAGGAGGAGGGAGGGGAUGGAGGGAGGAGGGAGGGGAGGAGGGGGGAGGAUAGGAGGAGGAGGAAUAGGAGGAGGGGGAGGAGGGGGGGAGGGAGGAGGAGGAGGGAGGGAGGUAGGAGGAGAGGAGGGAGGAGGAGGAGGGGGGAGGAGAGGAGGGGGAGGGGGAGGGGAGGGAGGGAGGGAAGGAGGAGGGGAGGAGGAGGGGGGGGAGGAGGGAGGGGAGGGGGGAGGGAAGGGGGAGGAGGGGAGGGAGGGGGAGGGGAGGAGGGAGGAGGGGAAUAAGGGAGGGAGGGAGGAGGGAGGAGGAGGGGGGAGGGGAGGAGGGAGGGGGGGAGGGGGAGGAGGGGGAGGGGGGAGGGGAGGUUUCCUGGGGAGGAGAGGAGGGGGAGGAGAGGGAGGAGGAGGAGGGAGGGGAGGGGGGGGAGGGAGAGGAGGGAGGGAGGGGGGGGGGGAGGGAGGAGAGGGAGGGGAGGAGGGGGGAGAGGGGGGAGGAGGAGGAGGGAGGAGGGAGGAGGGAGAGGGGGGAGGGAGGGGAGGAGGGGAGGGGGGAGGAGGAGGAGGGAGGGGAGGAGGAGGGACAGAGCGUGGCCGUAACGCAGCUGUCGCUGCCGUGAACGUCAACAGUUUACGACAGGCCGUGAACGUCAACAGUUUACGACAGGCCGUGAACGUCAACAGUUUACGACAGGCCGUGAACGUCAACAGUUUACGACAGGCCGUGAACGUCAACAGUUUACGACAGGCCGUGAACGUCCGCUCCGACAGUGAGCAGACACUGAGCAGACAGUGA